AUGGAAGGCAGUACAGUUCACACUACACAAAGUACUUCUGAAGAAAAUGUAAAAACUGCCGGUUCUGCUUCUUCUUUAUUUAGCGAUUCUAUACAGAGCCCUUUUGAUUCUUUAUUUUCACCCACAAAUGAUUCCAACUCUACAGGCCAAGAUUAUUGGCAAUAUUAUUACUCACAACAGUAUCAGUAUGAUCCUAGUCAGCAAUUUGAUCCUUCACAACAGUAUCAGUAUGAUCCUAAUCAGCAAUAUGAUCCUUCAACAUACGACUCAUCUUCAGGUUAUUAUUAUAAUAACCAGAAUUACGACCCGAAUUACGACCCGAAUCAAGCAUAUGCCCCUAAUGACGCAACACACGACCCUAAUCAAACCUAUAUUUUUAAUGACGCAGCAUACGACCCUAAUCAAACUUAUGCUUCUAAUGGCGCAGCAUCAGCAUAUGGACCUAAUCAGGGUUAUGACUAUUCGCAGUAUUAUAAUGAAUCUAAUAAUGAAGCUAAUGAUUUAAAUUCUGCAAAAGUUGAUAAUGAUAUUGCCGCAGUUACAUCUGUGGAAACUAUAGAAACGAAUCAAGAACAUAAACUAUCUUCAGUAGCUUCUAAUGAGGGCGAGAUGAAUAACUUGGAAGAAGAACAAGAAGUAAAUAUAGUUCACCGAAAUAACGACGAUAUAUUUGAGUAUCAACCACAAGAUUUAGAAGGUCCCCAAAAGGCAGAACUAUCUCAAGUAGACCAACCUACAUCCCAGAUAGCAGAUAAUUCACAAAUUUCGGCGGAAUUGGUUGUUUCUAGAGAGCCGGAGGAAAUUACUGACUUAACAAACAAAGAUACAGGUAAAUUGGAUGAUUUGGAUGAUUUGGUUUUAGGGCAUACAACGUCAGAGACUUCACGUGAAGUAUCUACGAUUGAGCUAGAAACCAAUCAAGCUACGAAUGAUCCAGCCUUGACUUAUCAUUAUGGUUCUACUGAGCAAGUUUCAUAUAAUUACGAAUAUGAAGGUUAUUUAGCCGAGACAUAUACGCAAUAUGAUAACAAUAUUGUGGGAAAUAAUACCAAUAACUUUAACUAUCCGUAUACUGGGCACAAUGUUAGUCAACCGACAAUUGAUGGGAUAUCUGGAAUUCAUCAAUCUACUCAUCAGUAUUCAAACUAUGAUUCAAAUCAACCUACUGUUGUUAAUACACCUCCACCACAAUCUUAUUCACCAUUUUCAGCGAAAGUAGUCGUUCAAUUUGUACCUUGUUUAUACCCACAAUGUACGGGAGAAAAUAAACCCAGUGCCAAGUUUUGUUCGGAAUGUGGACGAAUCAUCAAUGAGUCCUCACCCUCGCCCAUAGUUGAUACGCCAAAUUUAUAUCAAAAUUCAGCAGUCCAACAGCAGUAUGGAACUGAUAACACGAAUAUUGUGAAUGAUCCGUUAGGAAGGUCUAAAGGGUGUCCUAUUGUCGCUUUUGGUUUCGGAGGCAAAGUGUUCACCAUGUUCCCUCGCACGGUCCAACGCUUUACUAGUACGGACCAAAGUAUACCUAUUACAAAAUAUACCCCAGGUGCUUUUAUAAUUCGCACUUUAAAGGAUAUAAUUCCAUCGUCAGAUCUCGAGGAUUUCCCUGGCCCUCUUCUUAUGGAUAAUAAUCGAGGAGGUAUAAAAGCAAAAAGAAAGCAUGUAAUAAAAUAUUUGGAUGAUCAAAUAAAGGUUGCAGAAGAUGUACUGAACUCUUUUGCCGGCGAAGAAGUUGAAAAAAAGAAUUCGGAAGCUAAUACUAUUAUUUGGCACUUGCUUAAAAUCAUGUUUGAACAUGAUGGUGUUCUAACUGGAAGUCCAAAAGUUGAAGAGGCUGUACGUCAUGUUUUGGCACCAUCUACUACUAAAACGAAACAAGAUGAUGAAUCAAAUUUUACGGUUCCAGCCGAUUCGAACUUUGAUUCCACACCAAGUCUACCAGAAUCAUCCACACCUCAGUCCAUGACAUACUCCAUUACUCCAAAAACCAUUGACACAUUGCAAGAACUAUUACUUAAAGGAGACCGUGUUGCUGCUAUAAAUCAUGCGGUGAAUAACAAUUUAUGGGCUCAUGCUCUGAUCAUUGCGAGCUGCGUCAAUAAAGAUCAAUGGAAAGAGGUUGUAAACGAUUUUAUAAGACAUGAAUUAGGCUCACAACUGAAUGAUGCUUCGCAAUCUAACGGGAGAGAAUGUUUAAGAGUUUUGUAUUCUUUAUUUGCUGGGAAUGGACCGAUCAACCAAUUUCUUCCCCAUUCAACAUUGCUCAAUCGUGUAACUCAGCCUUCUCCUACAACCAUAUUUCCACUCGUUCCUCCAACAACAAAUGCUGCACAGUUGAAUACUUCUGCCAACUUACAGUAUAGUCCUGCAACUAUGAACCCCUUAUAUUCUUCAGCUACAUGUGAUAUUCCAAUUGAGAGUUUGGAGAAAUGGCGUGAAACUUUAGCGAUUAUUUUAGCAAAUCGAUCGCCAGGUGACAAUCAAGCAAUAUCUGCUUUAGGUGAUAUGCUAAAAGAAUUUGGAUGGAUUAAUGCUGCUCAUGUAUGCUACAUAUUGUCUCCUCAAUCAUCCACCCAGUCUGGAAUUGAUGAUGUUAAUUCCCGUUUCACACUCGUGAGCAAUGACUACAUUUGUAAUCAGUCUAGUCGCUUUUUUUGCGAUUGGAAAGCGCUGCGUCUCACUGAAAUUUAUGAGCUUGGACUCUCGUUAAAUAAUAAUGAUGGCUUACCAUUUUUACAAGCAUACAAAUUGCUCUAUGCAUGGUGGUUGGUGGAUUGUGGUUAUUUGAAUGAAGCUAGAAGGCAAGAAAAUGAUUAUUAUCAAUAUUGA